UCCCUAAUUCUGUAGUGAAGACUCCUGGGAGCUGGGAGGGCAUGUACCAUGAUGCAGGGUUUGUGUGUGCGUUGUGUUUUGUUAGCCAGACAAUUUCGAUUUCCAAAGACACUGACGAGAAAUAUCGAAAUGUAGCAAAUAAGAAACGCCGCAAUGCGACGAGAAUGAACAACAAUAAAUACGGGGCUUCUUCAGAGCAAAUAUCAAAAUGAUAGAAGUAUCCCAAAGGAAUUAAAUUACGAACAAUCAGCUGUCAUUAGUCAAUGAUCUAAUGUCUCCAGGGUGUUUUAAAGUUGCGUUCCGAACAAAUAGCUGAACAGGAAUUUUAAUUGGUUGUCUUCAUUUCCUUUCGUUGCCACAAAUAGCAUAAAUAUCGCUGUUCCGUCCAAUUGACAUAAGAGUGCUGUUGACAAUUCCGGAGACUUGUCAUGCAGAGAAAGGCACUUAGGUACGAACACCCCUUCACACUUUUCAUUUGCAUAUCGACCAAUCACGACCUGCUUGUAGUAAGCCAAAUAACCUUGAAGUGAAGAUUCGAUAUUUAACAGAUGCCAGGAAGCUUCCAGAAGACCACAUUGAAGGUAGAGAAAGAGUAUAGUAUUUUAUGCGUCUAGAUAUCUAUUAUUAUUUUUAAUAAGAUUGCGCCUUACCGCAGUUGCAUGUUGGCCCGCGCUUGUCUGUGUUGUGUAUCUUACUUUGAUUGACUGUUGUGUAUUUUACUUAUCCUGGAAAUCCAAGACUGUGUUGUGACUUGUGAUAUUUUGAUUUCAGCUGUCGCAACUAAACUCUCUCGUGUUGCAGUUUGUUUGCUUGUCGUUUUCUGUGCUCGCCUUUUUCGGCGUUUUGUUUCGUGACUCUGUUAAGCAUUUUGAGAUAUUUGUGGCUUGGGGUUGAUCAGUCAAAUGUGCGUCUUGCGAGGUAAUUGCAUGUUCAUUUAACACUGGUUUCUUCUUGGCUGAAUGCGAAGAGUUCGAUGAUUGAGAACGGAGUUGCCAUCUGCAAAGCAGUCUGGAUUUGGCUAAUCAAAUUUUCUGCUACAUUGUGCCUGGUAGGUUUCAGACUGAAGCAAGAGUGAAGCUAAAAGUUCACGCGCGAACAUCUCCAAAGACAAGUUCUCGAUAAAUUUUUUUGAUAAAGUUGCACUUUGAUCAUAGCACCAUUUCAAAAAUAUCCGCUUAAAUAAUUUCCAGCAUGGGAUUGCGCAUUUGUGUUACAUGGGGGAGGGGGUAUAUGCCCCCUAAAAUUUUCAUUAACAGCUAGAUUUUUUAAAAUUGGAAAAAUGUCGGUAUUUCGAAGUCUGUUUCUACUAACUUUAAGAAACUCGACUGUUAAUCUGAAAUGAAUUGUCAGAAAACAUAGUUAAACGUAUCCUAAAUAUAUAAAAUGUUAUCAAAACGCCGAAGAAAACUCUUUGUUUGUUAUAAUUGUAACUUUAGGGGUAGACACUGGUAAAUAAACCCAUCUUCUGCAUAUACUAGUUCGGUAGGUAUGCCACUUGAGGGCCUGACAUUCUAACGAAAAUAAUAGAAGCACGGUUGGAAUAUCUUCCAAGAUCGAGAUUUCGCGAAGAUCGAAGCAUGACUGAGAGGUGUGAAACAUAGAAGGCGGCAUUGUAAAUAAAACAACGUUGGUGCGGAGAUAGGCUCAGCGUGAAAUUCUCCAGGGAGACAAGCGACAAACACCACAUUUCCGUAAAUGCCUCAUUGCAAACUACAAUUAUUAUUUCAAUUGUCCACAAUAAUGUCUUUGAACUAGUCCACAAUAAUUACAUAUUUAAUUUAAAGCGGCCGCUUUACACUUGAUAACUUUAUUAUCAUUUCCUAUUGUUUUAUGGUUUUCAGGGACUGCAUUUUAGGCAAAUUAUUCACGUUUGAAGAGCUCAUAAAUCAACAUGGUCGCUUGGCAGAGCUUUAAAUACAUACAUAUUUACUGAAAAUUCUGUCGUGAUAGUUACGUGCGUUGAAAUAAAAGGUCUUUUCAGAUUAAUUUCGGAAUUUGUCAGUUUUGAUAUCUUUAUUUUAAGUGUAACGAAAUCUUCUCGUCUCAGUAUCCUGCUUUGAUAGAAAAGUUCUUAUAAAAGAUUGCUAUUUUGAAAAUCAAUACGCCUGUAACGCUGGCAUUCAAUAGUUCCGUAAUGCAAUCUCUUAAAUUUAUUCAUGUCAGUGUUUAUUAUCGUUCACACUAUUGUCAAACUAACAGUAAGAAAGGUUAUUUGAAAGGAUAACGAAAUCCUAUUCUUCGAACCAGAUGCAAAUGUAUUUGUAUCAACUUUAACAGGUUUUUAAAGGCAUGGAGUUGGUGAUAUGGUCAAUAGUUGACUUCAACUUGAAGUCAUUUGCUUGCGGUGUGAUCCCCGUAGUUUAAAGCGAUCUUCGCAAACUAUCUAUUUUCAGUCGAUCGGUAUCCAGUAUUGCAGCACGAAAAUCAAGACCCUUGCGUUUUUAGGUAUAUAUUCUCUGUUUUUAUAACUUGUUAAUGCUAUCGAUGAAAAGGAACCAAUUUUAAAUGUAUCAAUUAAUCAAGCUAGUCAAUGAAUCAAAUUUAACGUGAAUCAGUGGCAGUUUUUCCUGCUUUGUGUGAAUUUAACACCCCCAUAUUUUCUUAACGUAAAUUAAUGCCCCCCCCGGCAUUUCUGUGUUUUACAUGCGUGUCUCGUUGAUUACUGGGUUUUCGGUUUCACUGGUAUAUGUUUAUCAACACCGUUAAAAGUUAACGAUCGUUAAUGUCUCAAUUAACAUCGAUAUCACCCUGAUUCACCCGUGGUCGAGUAAGCUCGAUAUUUCCUUUUCACUAGAUUUGAAUACAUAAUGUUUAUCACAUGGAUGUUCACAGAAUGACAAAUGGGCUUGGAAUUUGCAAAUGCAAUUAAGAAAUAUAAUUUUCGGUUGUUACUGGAGUAAUUACCUAAAAUGUAGGAAACAGGCAUGAAUAUUUUUCUCGUCUGACUGGAAGAAGAGUCUGUGGGAACAGCGCUUUUAUUGCGAAUUCCUAACUUGCGCCAUUAAAUGGUCCACUUGUUAUAAAUCACAAUAUUUUGCUGCAUCAUACCUAAUCUGCAAAUUAAGCCCGUGACUUUUUUGGAGUACAACAGUUUGCAAAGCCCGUUUACCCAGUCUAGCACCUCUCGUGGUUUUUUCCGUAACCUGAAAAUCGUAAAAUGAUUUGCUCAUAGUCUUUCGCUUAUAUAUCAGCCGCAUCGUAUCAUUAAUCAAAAGUACGCGGAAUAAAACAAAAGCAAAUGAAGCAACGAAGCUAACAUGGUUGCUAUAAAUUCUCGUUCAUUGAUCAACCGGAAGUGCUGUUUCCAGUGUAAGAAAACAUCCUCCUGCCGUGAGAUUCCUGUGACUGACGUAAACGGAUUAAGUUUGCUUACGCAAGAAGAAGAUAAAGGUUAAUGCACGAAAUACCUCUGGCAACACCAUUUAUGACGCAUAUACCACUGCAUACCGCAGUAACAGCAAAUGAUUUGUGGCAAAACCAAGGAUCUUAUGUAACAUGCCAGUUUUGAAAUAACUGACAUCUUGUCUUCCCUAUUGAUUGAUGUGAUGUGACGUAUAUAAAAGAUUUCUCUGUGUUGGCCUAAGGCCCCGUUUCCAUUACUCCGUUUUCGUAUGAAAAUUGAGUGGAAUGUCUCCAUUUUUGGGUUGGUGUUUCCAUUGAAAACCAUCGAAAACGAGACAUUUGAAAACACUGUUCAAAGUGGAGUGGUUUGAAAACGAAGACAUCUGAAAACGCAUCGUUUUCAACGGAAACAACGAGAACGGAGUCAUUCGAAAACGCCACAACAACAACAACCAACUUGGCGCCAACAUCAAAGUAAUCAACUUGGCCACAAGCCUGAUCGUGUUCUGUAGUGGAACCCUUUAAUGACAACUCUGUAAGCAAGACCGUCGACCAGAAAAUGGAAGCAGAUGGCAGUUUUGUCGGGCUUGCAUACGACUAUGGAAAAUAUCCCAAAAUUGUUGCUGUUCACAGUAAAACGGUUCAGGAGCCAUCUACUAGUCCAGAUGCACCCAUGUUUCAUCCUAAUCGACCGCAGUUUUCUCAAAGCUCGAUCGUCUCGUUAGAACACACGAGAAAACAAAUGUCAAGUGAGCUUCAAUACCACCCAAGUCAAGGGCGAUCAAUGAUGGACCCUCGUCGACACUUUCUACAGUCCAUGCAGUACGAUGAAGCAUUAAGGAGACAAGGUAUCGCAAGAAACCCUAAAGAGGGUGCUGAUUUUCUGCACCCUGGUGUAACGGUACCUUUUCCUCCGACCAGCAACGCUAUUUUACGGAUGCAGUUUAAUCAUUAUCUGCAAGAGAAACAUAAGCAUAAAUAUGGUGUGAAUUAUAAUGGAUAUUGGGUUACACCAGUUGAUUCCGUAUCUUUUAAGCAUGCUCCUCAGCUGCCUUACCAACCCGAAGAAGUAAUGACACAUCCGUGGGUUGAUCCAGCCAUGCUUGAUUCUCGAUAUUUUCCGCAACAACCAGCUAUGAAAAGGCAGAAGUUGACACAUGAUAUUCCAUUCAUUUUUCCUACCGUUCCCUGUAAUGGACCUGUUCGAAAUGAUAUUUUCCAUGAUCAGGGCAUACCCGGCUUGAAUGUCUUCCCCAGGGUCAACCCUGACAUGGUCCCUGCAAAUCCUGUUUUUCCCCACUACCGUCAGGGAUUCUGUAGCCAAAAUUUACCUUCUGAAAUCCUAACAGAUAAUUUAAAGCGUAAGUCAAAUCACGAUAAUGAAAUAAUUCAAAAGUCAGCCAGUGUUGCACAAGAUCUAUCUCUCGAGGAAAAGUAUGAUGGUAGCAAGCACAAAAAUUUUCCCAGUCAAAUUUCGGUCAAAGAAGAGGCCAGUCCUGAAAUGAAUAUCCAGGUACCUUAUGCGAACAAUGGAGAGAGUAAUGCUGCUUAUAGGAGCAAUGAAGAGAGCAAAAGUGAUUUCAAAAGCAGACAAGGUACAAAUUCUAACACACAUAACAUGUCGGAGCUUCCAGAGUGCAAAGUCUCUACAAAUUAUUUCCAAAGAUCAAACACAGCCGGGCAGGAUCAUCCCGAUAUGUCAUCAGAAUUCCUCAAAAUUCUUCGCUCAAAGGAAUAUAAUAAAGAUUUCACACGUCUGCUUCUCCUUGAGAAUAAAGGGGAUCUUCUUGAAGUUUUGAGGUAUACUGCUGACCAUAGCCGGGCAAGCUUACUCUUUGUUGUCCGUAGACUGUUGUCACGUAAAUGCCUCGAAAACGCGUUGAUUCUUCUUGAAAAUAUCAAGAAGUUAGAUCUUACCGAAAAAGCGAAAGAAAAAGUACUUUCCGUAGUGCAAGAAAAAAUAUGGGGCUAUAAACCUCGUCUUGACCUGUGGGAAAAGCCAUGUGAAUCUUCCAUGGAAGCAAGAUGCGAUGUGAGGGCUGGUAAUACUAAUCAUGAUCAAGUUGAGAAUUUUGAUGAGUUGCGUGAGAAGACCUACUGUGAUGAUCAAGAAAAGUUGUCAAAUUUUUCUGAAGAGGCGAAAAUCAAACUUGAAGAAAAAUCCAAUGAUACAUGUGAGCCGUUUUCAGAGGGUGAAAGCAAUGACCUGUCGCAUUCCAAAAAGCAAGGUGAUAUGAUUUUAGAAACGGUUAAAAAAGAGAGGGUGACAAAAACAUGCAUGGUAGAAACAGAUGAACUAAUUGCCGUUGCGAAUGUGUUGCCAAAGAGAGAAAAUUUAUUGCAAGGCAAUAAAAGUGAUUCGGCCAAAGAUGAAUGCAUGCAAGUUAAAGAGGAGAAAACUGACUAUACCAAGGAAGAAGGUACUCAAAAAGAGCGUAUGCUUAAACGAAAAACUGCAUUUUCAAGUGUUUGUCAGGAGCUAGAAAAACGCGGUGAAUUUUCAAAAAAUGAAUUGAAAAUGAUAAAGGUAAUGGAAGAAAAUAUCGAAGAAUUGUCAAGUGGAAUAACCUUAUUAAAUGAAGAGGAAUUAGAGCUUCUUGGGAGAGUUGUUGUCCAUUUAGAUGAAUGUGGUAAUGUGGUAAUAAAAGAGGAGAUUUGUGAUGAUGAAUAUUCGAACGAGGCUGAAAAUGAAAACUCAAAUAAAUAUCCAGUUGAGCCUUUAAGAACGAAUAAAGGAAGGUAAAAUUGAAAAUGAAUACGAAGCCCGAUGAAUAAUGUACUGUUUUUCCUGAAAUAUUCACAAAUUGUAAUUAUAUGUAUAUAUUAUAGAUCGAAAGAAUUUCAAUGUUAUGUUCUUCGGGUAAUGAAAAUUGUGUUCGCAACAUGACCAUAAUUAUGGGUGUUUGAAAGUAUAUGGCUUCCUAAAAACGACAACGGGUCUAAAAUGUUCUGUUUGUAAAUCAUGUUAACGUUUUGUUGGUUUCGCUUGCUUUUUAUGAAAAUCACGAAAUUGAUUUUGCAGUCAUGUUCCUUUGUGUUUUCUACCUACUUAGAUCACGUCAAAAUGAACGAUACCGCCGUGUGCCCAGAUAAUAGCGGAAGCAUUUGAUAUAAUAUAUCAUAAUUUGUAAAGUUAUAUAUGAACAGAAUAAAGAUCCCGAUACUUAUAGACAGAAUUGAGACUGGGUGCGUUUUUGUAACCUCGGUGUAGUCGGAUCACGAAGCAUUAUUUUACACCGUGACUUUAAAGGCCUACGUAUAGCUGUCUAAUUCAUGAACACAGACAGUUUCGUGAGAAAUAUUGGAUUGGCUUUGGCGACCCUGCUUUUAUCUUGCGACGAUUGUAGCUACCGAGAUCAUUGCAUUAUUUUUGUCUUUCUCCUUUUUGAAAUGAAAGAUCGAGAGAGCAGAUCGACACUUCAGUAACUCCUUGUAUUGCAGUUAUAGUUGUUUUGUAUAAGCUCAAACCUGUAGUUUUCCCAUUAAAUAUUUUGUAACUUUUUCCUUAAUUCAGAAGAAACCUAGUUGUAGCAAAGAAAACCAAACCAAAUGCCCUUUUUAGACUCUUUUGGUACCACAAUUUUUCUAUUACAAUCAUCAAUAUUACCAGAUGCUCUCUGUUUUACAUGCAAUUUCAGUUUAAAGUCCCGCCUGCUUCUUCCUAUGCUUUCCUUCGUUCAUAACUGAAUUUCAAGUUCAUCAGCUUAGAGUCUCUGUGAUCUAGAAACGCUUGAAUUUUUACGACACCUCAUUUGGAGGAACGCUCGGUCAUCAUGUGGAAUAUGGAGCAACCUCUUCCAACAAAAACAAUUUAUAGAUGACUACGCUAGACUUCAACAUUAAUUAGCGUCCCGUCCCUCCUCUCAUAUAAAGUUGUCGCUCAUUGGGUCUGAGGAACGUUGUGGCCUCUGAACCCCCCCCCCCCUUUGUAACCACUUCGUUUUUCAACCAACUAAGACAAAUAAACAGGUUUACUAUCUACAACUUUAUACUAUUUGCUGCCUGGUCCGAGCAAAUUUCCUCUACAACAUUCAAGGGGUACUUUUACCCAUUCAAUGGCUUUUAUCGUAGUACUUCACCUUUUCUAUUAUUAUUUUUCCUUAUUAAUUGUUUGUUAUUUUAACACAAUUUUCUUGUUUGGCUUUUGCCUUCUGCACGUUGAAACAUAACCUUACUGCGUUUUUCUGCUAUCGGCGGAAGACCGGUCUGACAUCUUAGCCACACUGGCGGAGCCACGGGGGGGGGGGGGGAAUGGG